GCUGCCGCCGCUUCCUUCCCCUCCUCGACCUCCGCCAAAGCCACCCUCCUGAACCGGAGCAGCAAAAGCAAGGAUUUUUUUUUCCUUCUCCAAAUCUACCAGCGCGAUGGGCUCGCUGGUCUCCUGCCUCUCCGACCCCUGCCCGUCGGCGUCGCCGCCGCCGCAGGCGAAGCGGCGCUCCUCCACCUCCUCCCGCGGCCGUGGCGGCGGCGGGAGGGAUUCCGCCAAGGCCAGCAUGUCCAUCGACGAGGAGGCGCUGGCCGCCGCGGCGGCGCUCGUGCUGGGCCAGCGGGGCGCCGUGGGGGCGUUCGAGCGGUCCGCGUCCGUGCGGUACGCCGCCAAGCGGCAGGGCCAGGGCCCGCCGCUGCCCCGGAGCUGCAGCACGCGCCCGAGGUCGCUCGCCGACCCCGAGCUCCAGCCGCAGCAGCUGCUCGCCAAGGAUUUGAAUUCUAAGGAUUUGGAAACCAACAUCAUUGUUCUUGUUCAUGGUGGUGGCUUUGGUGCUUGGUGUUGGUACAAGACUAUAUCGCUUCUUGAAGAUAGUGGGUUCAAAGUUAAUGCCAUCGACUUAACGGGCUCAGGGAUUCAUUCUUAUGACACAAACAAGAUUAGCAGUCUUUCAGAGUAUGCUGAACCGCUUACAUCUUAUCUUAAAGGCUUAGGUGAUGCUGAAAAGGUGAUUUUGGUAGGACAUGAUUUUGGUGGUACAUGUAUAUCCUACGCAAUGGAGAUGUUCCCAUCCAAAGUUGCCAAGGCAGUCUUCGUCUGCGCAGCAAUGCUGACAAAUGGACACAGUGCCCUUGACAUGUUCCAACAGCAGAUGGACGCAAACGGCACUCUCCAAAAGGCGCAGGAAUUCGUCUACUCCAAUGGCAAGGACCGGCCUCCGACAGCCAUCAACAUCGACAGAGCAUUACUGAGAGACCUGCUGUUCAACCAAAGCCCUUCAAAGGACGUGUCACUGGCCUCGGUGUCCAUGAGGCCGAUCCCUUUCGCCCCGGUGCUGGAGAAGCUUCAGUUAACAGCCGAGAACUACGGCUCAGUGCGGCGGUUCUACGUGGAGACCACGGAGGACAACGCCAUUCCCCUGCAUCUCCAGCAGAGCAUGUGCGGCAUCAACCCGCCGGAGAAGGUGCUGCGGCUGAAGGGGGCAGACCACGCGCCCUUCUUCUCCAAGCCGCAGGCGCUGCACAAGACCCUGGUGGAGAUCGCCGCCGUGCCACCGGUCCAAGCAUCGUGAGACCGCGUUUGACUUUUGCAGGCCAGCGAGCUUGCAUGGCUGCUGUACAUGCUGAGGAUGGUAUGGUUUGGGAGUCGUUAUACACGAUGCUGUCGCCGGUGUGGCAGCAGAGUCGGCUCUAGAAUUUCACCGUCAUCUCUGAAGAGGGCAUUCUUCCUUUGUGCACUGAGAUCUUGGGUGUGACUAUCACUACUGAUCCCGUUUAGAACAAGUUUGGAACGGUAGAAUCUCACGAGAUUUCUGUGACGAUAUUUCAGCUUUAUGUGAAAUUUCACAUUCAGAUAGGGCCAGCAUCUGUAACUCUGCUACAACCAAAAUGAUGAAAAAUGAAAGUAAAGAAAUGUUUUUUCUUCUCAUA